UAGUGAUAGUCAAAUAUUUCUUAUGGAAUAUUAAAUUUUGAUAACAAUCGAAAAUCAUUGAUUAUAUGAUGAUUUUUAUAAAAUUUUGUUAUAUUUUGAACUAAUAGAGUUUAGAUCCGAAGAAAUCUAUUACCUUAAUGCCUUUUAUUAGUCAUUGGAUAUUAAUUUAUAAAGUUUAUGUUGUAUUAGUAUGAAUUUUCUCACAUGUAUUUACCAUUGUUGGAUCACCGUAAAGUUGUCAAUAUGUGUUUUCUUCUCUUGAUUCUUUUUAGCGCUAAUUUAUUAGGAUAUUACAAUUAUGAGAAAGAUCACAUAGACGAUUCGACAACCGGCAAUACUAUCUGAUUUAUGAGGAUCUAUGUGUAACUGCAUUACGAGAGCCGCUCUAUGAAGAUCCACGUCUGACCAAGUUUACUUGCACCAUGUUGAAGAUUCUUUGUAAGCCUUUUUUCCGUAGUUUAUAUAAUUGUUUAAUAAAUCGCUUUCUCCGGGAAUUGAAACCUGGACAUGCUGGUGUAAAAACAUUAAUGAAUACUUAGUCAAACCACUAGACUAAGGGAGCUUCCACUCUUCUCUUGAUUUGGUGGAUGAUUUUUUUGUAGUUUAUUUUCUUUCAACUUAUUAUUCGAGUUGAUUACCUAGUCAAACUAGAAAACUUUGUCGUAACAAAUUAUUCAUUAUUCGAGUUGAUUACUCAGUCAGAUUAGAAACACACAAUAAUCUAUCUAUCUAUACUAAUAAAGGAGAGUUUUCUCCCACCUUAAGUAGCCAAAUCACCAUAUAGCAUGGGCGUUUUAGGACACCUGGCAUCACUUUAUUUACGUUUUCCGCUUUGUUAGCAUCAAAUAAGCGACACUAUUUCGGGCUUCAGCUUUCGUAUACAAAAGUUAAAUUAUGGGUUUGUAACAAAUAAGAAAAUCCAAAAUGGAUCUGCAAAAUCAGAUGUGAUAUCAAAUAGCCCACUACAUGUUCCUUCUUCUUGGACUUCAUCUUCUCUAUGAUAGAAGUUCUCAUCUUUCCACACAGAAACCAGAGCAAUACGCAACGCUUAUCAUUGAGAGUUUGAGACUACUCAUUAAGUUUUACCAUUAACUCACUCUGUAAAACUCCCUCAGUACGUCGAAUUUCGUUACUUCUCUCCCUACCUCCUUUGCAAAUCCCUAAUUUUCUAUUCUAUAAAUAGUGAUGGAACUAGGCCUGGGAUUUCGGGUAUUCGGAUCGGUUCCGGAUAAGAUCCGUUCGGGUCCGGAUAUUCGGUUAUUUACAAAUUGUAUCCAAUGAGUACUUGGAACAGUUCGGUUCGGUUUCGGAUCGGUUUUCGGUCGGUUCCGGGUCGGUUCCGGGUAUUAAAUUAUUAAACCAAAACUAAUAUUUUUAUGUAUUUUAUAUUUUCUAUUUUUUUUUAAUUUUUUUUUUUAAAUAGUUUAAUUCAAAUCGGAUAUAUAUGUAUAGUUUGAAAGUAACUACAACGAAAUAGAAGUGGUGCAGUGGUAAAAGUUGAUGUAUUUUCAACUUUCCCACCCGGGUUCGAAACCCAUGAGGCGCAAAUCCAUAUUUUUUAAACAUUAUUUCGGUUUAAACGGGUACCCGAUCGGAUCCGGAUAAAAAUCCGAACCGACCCGAUACCCGUGGAUAUUCAUAAACAUUACCCAUCGGUUAAAUAUGCCUUAUCCGAAACCGAUCCGAACCGGUCCAUUUCGGGUCGGAUCCGGUUCGGUAUUCGGUUCCGGUUAAAAAGUCCCAGGCCUAGAUGGAACCAUCUCCUAAUUUCACUGCUUCAGAUUCAUUACCAUUUUGUUUUUACUAAAAGAGCCUGCAACAAUGGUGGAAUCCUCAUUGAGAGUCUCAAUUGUCUCUCCCUUGCCAUCUCUCCCACUACACUAAUAUUAAUUACUUUUUCCCAUCACCGCUUUGUAAAACCCUAAUUUCUCAGAUUAUAAAUAAAGGUUGAAAACCUCCAAAUCUCAUUGCUUCACCAUAUUCUUUAUACUGGAACCUGUGACGAUGGUGACCUCUCCAAUCCAGCUUUCCAAUUGGAAGACUGGCGAUGCUUCUCAGACGGUGGUGACGCGUCUCCUUGCUCACAUAUAUCCACGUUCUUUAUCUAGAACUUCCUUGAUCUGCAGAGAAGCCUUUCUUGCCAUGGCAGCAUUAUAUUACUUGGUCUCUUUGAUAUUCAUCUGUAAUAAUUAGCUGUUGAUGUUCUGUAGAUUGCAGUCAAGAGAUUGAAGUAGCAGAGAAGAGAUAAAUUUUGCUGUAGAGUCAGCAUUUUAGGCCGUAUUCGUCGCAAGAAUCUAUUGAGUGCAAAAGCUUACUGUGCGGAAGGACGAGAACGACUCAUUGUGCCUGGUACGAGACCUGUAGACAGGCUGAAACGAACAACAAAACAAGGUCUAACGAAUGGUUUUACCUUCUUGUUUACCAGAAGAAGUAUGGUGAAAUUGCGGAUCAAUAGCUAAUUGGGAAGUAUGUAGACGAGGAGCUGGAAAAGGUAAUUUUAGUACGACAUAUGUGUGUUCAGAAUGAGGCAGAGAAAAGACCAACAAUGUCUGAGGUUGUGGAUAUGCUGAUGAAUAAUCUAUGGAGAAAAUGGGUUAUCUUGAAGAAUCUGGUUUUGGUUCUGGAUAUGGAGGUGGCUAAACUGACAAACAUUCAAGCUUCUGAGGCUGCACAGAUUGUGGGGAUAUGUGUCGAUGCUCACAUUGAAACUGAACUGCCUUGGUCCCUUGCUGAUAUUGUUUGGUAUAUCUACACCUUCCAGCUCAAGUUAAAGAACUUCAAUUUUACUUCAAAGAACCAAAACCUUCACCAUUUCUCGCGUUUUUCCUUCGCGAGAGCUUGCAUCUGCGCCAGCCUUUGUUGUAAAUGUGCAAAGGUCUCUGAAGCAGUGCAGCCUGAAGUUGUGGCAAAUAGAUCAUAUGCCAAAGUUGAUAAGACUUGCUGUGUAACAGAGGCGCCAUCUAUAUCUGAUGGUUCACUUGCCGGACGUACAUCAUCAUGUUGCUUUGGACGAAGAAACCACGUUUGGAAUGAGUCUACUAUGAGAACUUAAACUACCACGUCUUUAUUUAUCAAAUAAUUGAUUUCGUAUCUAUUUCCCUUUGGAAGGAGUCUACUAAUGAAAUUUAUUACCUUUUUUAAAAAUUCUCAAGUGUCGUGGUUUUUUUUAUUAGUAAUAAAUCAUCUUUCAAUUAUCUUUA